AUGGAAGGAUUGCUUAAUUGUCAAAUCGGUUUCUCGACCUAAAAGUACUAUUUCAUUCUUCACGACUCUGUGCUGUUGUAUUGUAAGAAGAAGGGAAAUCGUGUGAUUGGAUAAAUACAUUUGUCAAUUGCCAAAGUCGAGAAGAGAGAGUGUUAAAUCAAUAUAACUACAGGAAUUGAAAAGUUAAUAUUAUUGUUCGAAAAUAACUUCGAGAAGGAUGUUUGGUUUGAUUGCAUCUAAAAGUAGAAUCAGAAAUUGCAUUUGGAAGAUGAAUUAGAGAAAGUAAGAUCAUUACAAUAUCAAUUCGAAAGCACCCUUAAAUUUGUGAAUAAAACUAUUGAGUAAAAUCCAAAUCUAAAUUCAUAUUCUGAAAGAUUGUAAUCCUAUGGAUCAACCUUCAUUGAUAAAUUAAGCGAAAUCGUAGAUCUACUCUAUUAAUCAGCAUAACCAGAAUUUCAAAGUUGUCAAUCUAUAAACUCAAUACACACUCAGAGUUUGAAACCAGCACCAUAAAUCAAAAAAUCAUAGAAACUCAAAUAACAACAGUACAAUGUAUGGGGCACUGUAAAACAUCAAAUUCUUAAUAACAACAUUUAUCAAAUGAAAUUACCAAUCUACCUCCAUUAACCAUCAACCAUGUUGUAAUAAGUAGCUACUCAAAUGAAAUACAUAUCAAUUUUAGAUAGAGCAAGUUCAAUCAGAGAUCCGGAUUUCAAAAUUGCCUUGAUCUUUGGAUUUCUUAUAUCCUAAUAUUCUGCUAUUCCAAAAUUAUUGCCUCUUCCUUCCAAGAUCAAUGAAACCUUUGAAAUUGUAGAUACCUACAAGUAUUUGUCAUAACAAAUCAAUGAAAAUGCAAUUGCCUUCUUUGCCACAUCUCCAAGUCUUGAUUACAAUGGAUAAAUAGAAUAUAAGUUCUCAUUUGACAAUUUGAUCCUCGAUAUUAAUUUGGUCAAAUCCUUGUUUAUUUCUUUUAAGAAAAAUCUAGACACUUAUAAAAUCUAUUCAACCAAUCAUCUUAUUUCGGUUAAGAAUUUAGUAACUCAAAAACCUGAAAUCGUAAUUGAAGGCAAUUUUAUAAUCGACUUUAAAGGAACCAAACAUGAAAUCGAAAUCAGAUCCAAUUAAAUUAAGGCAAUUGUUGGGUAAUUCUCUAUCUCUGGUACGACUGAUAAACUAAUUGCUAAUAACUAUUAUAACGAAGAGUUGAUAUUGUUUUAAAAAGAUGAGAAAGAAUUUGAAUUCAAUAAACACAACCCAUUGUUGCCUCCCUCAGAUAGCAGAUUUCGACCUGACUUGAUUUCUAUGCUUGAGGGAAAUUACUAUGAAGCUUAAUAGGAAAAAGAUAAAAUGCUUUUUGAAGGCGAAUUUCAAUAGUCAUGGUUUAAUCCAGUAUAAGCAGAUUAAAUUAUAAAUUCAAAUGAAAAGAGAUAUGAUUACAAAGGAGGAUACUUUACUUAAUCUAUCCAAUGA